AUGUCGGAGACCGAAUUUCCCUAUUCAUUGACCAUCUCUCUACCUCUUCCAUCUCACCGUCUCGCCUCGUCUGCUCUCCAGACUCUUGAGGUCGACACCGAGCUCUCUCCGUUCGUGCGACGUACAUUCGCCCUGACGGCGCCCGCCUCUGAAACGCACGGCGAACCGCAGGAGAAGAAGCAGAAACAGGACCCCGAAGAAACAAGAACCGUCUUGCAGACGACAUACCGCGCCACCACCAAUCGAAUGCUUCGUGUUGCGGUCAAUGGAUUCAUGGAGAGCUUGGGUGUAGUGCUGGGUGUCAUGGCUGAGCUGGAUGUGGAUGUUCUUGAGGCCGAGGGAUUUGAGGAGUGA